CUUCAUUUUCAUAACCAAAUCCAAUUCAAUCACCACCAUUCCACUACUACACAAAAGCAAACUCCAUUGAACUUUUGUUCUAUGAUGGGUAUUCGUUUGCCGUUUAUGGUUCAUGCAGCAAAACAGACAUCAUCGUCAUUCAAGUCCAAUGUUCCAAAGGGGCACGUGGCAGUUUACGUUGGAGAGAUGCAAAAAAAGAGGUUUGUGGUUCCAAUAUCGUAUUUGAACCACCCUUUGUUUCUUGAUUUGCUAAACCGCGCCGAAGAAGAGUUUGGCUUCAAUCAUCCCAUGGGGGGACUCACAAUUCCUUGCAAAGAAGAUGCCUUCAUCAAUCUAACCUCUCAACUGCGAGCCUUGUGAAACGUAUCUAUUUGACCACUUCCACUUACUAGUAUUGACUUUUUUCCACCCCUAUACCUCUUUGGGUUUUUCCUUCUGACUCAGUCAGUCAUUUUGACAAACACGAAAUGUUCUAUAUCUCUUAAUUUGUAUAAUACUACUACUAUGUUCAAAAUGUAUUAACUGUCUGGAGAAUCAAAAUUGAUCGCCAUGGCAAUUGUAACUUCUACUCUCUUGUCUCUCUCCCUGUAAACUCGACAAUUUGUUUAUUGUUUCAAAACUUGUUGUUAAAAAAUUCCGGUCUCCAGAGUUCAAUUGCA